AUGGAACGGCUGCAGGCACCGGAGCCCCUGCGUCUGGCGGGGAACGUCUCGGCAUCGUGGAAGCGUUUCAAGCAAAAAUUUGAGCUCUUCCUGCAAGCAACGGAAGUGAAGGACCAGCCGAAAAGUGAAGCUUCGAAAGCUGCACUUCUGCUGAGCAUCGCGGGUGACGAGGCGCUCGAUGUAUUCAACAAUUUCAAGUUCGAGCCGAACGAGAGCAAGGAUGACUACAAGACCUUAAUACAAAAGUUCGACGCCUACUGCUCAGAGCCCAUACUGGGACUAGAAGCCAGUGAGUCCUUGGGACUGGUGCACCGUACUGUGGAUGCUGUGAACGCGGCUUCUGUAUAUGGUCCUCUGAAGGAUUUCAGACAUGUCUUCGAGGGACUUGGUUGCCUGAAGCAGCCCUAUCACAUGGUCCUGAAACCUGGAGCAGUACCGGUUGUCCAGCCAGCUCGUCGUGUUCCUUUGGCCCUGGAGGAGCCUCUCAAAGAUGAACUCGAAAGAAUGGCGCGGGCUGAAAUCAUCGUGAAAGAACAGGAGCCUACUGACUGGGAGUCCGGGGACGACUUCUGGCAAGGACUACUGGCUUAUCGCUCAGCUCCACUUGAGGACGGGCGAUCUCCUGGUGAACUGUUGCAAGGGAGGCGCCUUCGAGCCAAUCUUCCCGACUUCCAUGAAGUACCCUGCACAGGGGUGAAAAAGCACUGCCAGCACGCACAAGGCAAACCAUUGCCGAAGCUUUCUCGAGGGGACGUAGUACGGCUGCGAGGAACGAGAACGUGGUCCCGGAAAGCGAGGGUAAGAGGCACGCAAGCUCCAAGGUCCUACCAGCUGGUAACCGAAGAUGGGCAAGUUCUGCGGCGCAACCGCAAACACCUCAUACGAACGGAUGAGCCGUAUGAUGAGACAAGCAGCGAAGACGGGGACGACACAACCGAAACGAGCACGCCUGUCGACAACCCUCAGGUACCUGCAAUGCAUUCUUCGGCCGGAUCAACAUCGCAGGCUUCGGAAUCGUCCCGAACGACUGAUGGGGCACAACAGUGCCCAGCCAACACAGAAGGAAGGCCAACACCGGAUUCGGUGCUGACCCCAGCUCCGAGAAGAUCGUCCCGGAACACUAGACCGCCGCAACGCCUUCGCUAUGACGAGGCAUUUAAUCAAAUUGCUUAACUAAUGUCAAGAGUCUGUUUUGUUUGUUUACAUGGAAGGAUGUAUCAGGCGCGUGCAUGACUGUGCGCCUGUUCCUGACAUGCGCGCUACGGUCGGCCCGUUAUCACUCGGUCGGCUAUAAAAGCAACACUUCCCAAUAAACCUGCGUUCUUCUUGUUCUGGC